AGACUUCUCACUAGUUUAUAAGUGAGAAAAUUAUCGAAUAAACUUCAAAAAGUAACUUUGUGCUAAAGAAACACAAUAUGUUGCGCGUUGCAAUUUAUCUGUGCUUGAUCGUUGGCUCUUUUGCCUACUAUUUGCAGCCUGGUCUAUGUCCGUCGAUUCCUUACCAGGAUAAAUUUAUUCCAUCUAAGUUGGAAGGCAGAUGGUACAAGUAUUUAUAUAUUCAAUCUAUUUUUGACGAUAAAUCCAUAUGCCAAGGCGUUGAUAUUGCACCGUUUGUUGGCAGUAACACGAAUAUUGUUUUCUUUGAUCAUUCAAAUCUAUCCAAAAUGACGUCAAGAAUAGUCGUCGAAGCCCAUUUUGACCACAGUAGAAUAACCAAUCAACUGCACGCCCCAGGCUUCGGGAUCAUGGAGAACGAAUUGCACAUCCUCGAUACAGAUUAUUACAACUAUUUUAUAAUUAUUGGCUGUGAAGAGUUUGGCAAUCAACACUUGCUCCAGCUCUGGGUUGAUACCAGAGAGAUAAAUCCGAAGAUGAAUAUAACUAUGAAAGUUAAUCAAGCAUUGAAGAACAACGGUAUGUCACCAAAUAUUAACUUGGUUCAGGUUGACAACAGAAAUUGCGGGUUUAAAUCUUAUUAA